AUUUCAGUUUAGUAUAUAUAAAACAAUGAUUAUAUGAUGAUUGCUGUGUUCGAAGAAAUACAUUCACAAGAGUUCUUUAGUUAUGCUUACGUCUGUGUUGUGUAUCGCUUCAUUGAUAACCCUUCUCGAUGCUCAUAUUUCAAUAAAGAAAGAAAGAUUUGAACCAUUGUCAGAUGACAUCAUCUCGUAUAUUAAUCAACAUCCAAAUGCUGAAUGGAAAGCUGAGAAAAGCAAUCGUUUCCACUCACUGGAUGACGCACGUAUUCUGAUGGGUGCAAGAAGAGAGGAAUCAGAAUUAAGAAAGAAGAGACGUCCCACAGUUGACCAUAAUGAUUUGAGUGUAGAAAUUCCAUCAAGUUUUGAUUCAAGGAAGAAAUGGCCUCGUUGUAAAAGUAUAGCGACCAUUCGUGAUCAAUCACGAUGUGGAUCAUCUUGGGCUUUCGCUGCUGUCGAAGCCAUGAGUGAUCGAACCUGCAUACAGUCACGUGGCAGACAAUCUGUGGAACUAAGUGCUGUGGAUCUAAUGAGCUGUUGUAGCGAUUGCGGAUUUGGGUGUGAUGGUGGAUUCCUUGGUCAUGCUUGGGAUUAUUGGGUGAAGGAAGGUAUUGUUACUGGAAGUUCGAAAGAGAAUCACACAGGCUGUCAACCAUAUCCAUUCCCGAAAUGUGAGCAUUAUGUUAAAGGGAAGUAUCCUGCAUGCGGUGAAAAAAUGUACAAAGCUCCUCGUUGUAAUCAGACAUGUCAGAAAAGUUACAAGAUCCCAUACUCCCAAGACAAGCAUCGAGGUAAAUUAUCCUAUAAUGUUGCUGAUAAUGAAUUGUCUAUUCAAAAGGAAAUCAUGAAGUAUGGACCAGUAGAAUCAGCCUUCAACGUUUACGAAGAUUUUCUAAAUUACAAAUCUGGGAUCUAUAAGCAUAUUACUGGGGAACCAGUUGGUGGACAUGCCAUACGUAUAAUCGGAUGGGGUGUGGAAAAAAACACUCCUUAUUGGUUGAUAGCGAAUUCGUGGAAUGAAGAUUGGGGUGAAAAUGGAUAUUUCAGAAUACUACGUGGUCAUAAUGAGUGUGACAUAGAAUCCUACGUAAUAGCUGGUCGGAUUAACUAAUUACACAAUCUUUAAACAUUAUCAUAAAAUGUUACUUAGAGUGAAGUCAUUACAAAUGUAUACUGAAUACUUCUGAGAAACGUCCCCUAUUCAUAUUAUCUUUUCAUUCAUUUUAUAUUAUAAAUAAACGGUUGCGAACUCUCACUAAACUCUUCACUAAAUAAAUGUCUUCGCUAGGCGGA